AGCCGGAAGCGGCGGCUGUCGGAGGAACCUGGUGAGCGAUCUGGUGCUGGCCCGCCUGGGAAUGGCUCGGGACCCGGUGCUGGAGCAGCGCAGCGGGUGGCCGUCGCGGUGGCUGCGGGCGUUGCUGCUGCUGCAGCUGCUGCGGUGGAGGUACGCCCGGGGCGAGCUCCCUUUCAGCAGCAGUCGGCACCCGGGCUUUGCGGACCUCCUGUCGGAGCAGCAGCUGCUGGAGGUGCAGGACUUGACCCUGUCACUGCUGCAGGGCGGAGGUUUGGGGCCACUGUCGCUGCUACCCCCGGACCUGCCGGAUCUGGAGCCCGAGUGCCGGGAGAUGCUGAUGGACUUCGCCAAUAGCAGCGCCGAGCUGACCGGGUGUCUGGUGCGCAGCGCUCGGCCCGUGCGCCUCUGCCAGACCUGCUACCCGCUUUUCCAACAGGUCGCCAGCAAGAUGGACAACAUUAGCCGAAACGUCGGGGUGGGUAGAGAAGCAGCCCGGCACCUGUGGCACGGGGCUGGGAAAAAUUCCUCAGAGAGCCCGAACUGUGCCAGAAGUCUCCUGAUGGCAGACAGAAUGCAAAUAGUUGUGAUGGUCUCAGAGUUUUUCAACACCACAUGGCAGGAGGCGAACUGUGCGAAUUGCUUAACAAACAAUAGUGAAGAUUUGUCAAAUAACACAGAGUAUUUCCUCAGCCUAUUUAACAAGACCUUGGCCUGCUUUGAGCAUAACCUUCAGGGGCACACAUACAGUCUUCUCCCACCAAAAAAUUACUCUGAAGUAUGCAAAAACUGUAAUGAUGCAUACAAAAACCUGAGCGCCCUGUAUACUGAAAUGCAGAAAAAGAACGGGCUUGAGAAUAAGGCUGAGCCGGGAACGCACCUGUGCAUUGACGUGGAAGACGCAAUGAACAUUACUCGAAAGCUUUGGAGUCGGACCUUCAACUGUUCUGUCACCUGUAGCGACACGGUGUCUGUGGUCGCUGUUUCUGUGUUCAUCCUCUUUUUGCCCGUUGUCUUCUACCUUAGCAGCUUUCUUCAUUCGGAGCAAAAGAAACGCAAACUCAUUCUACCUAAACGUCUCAAGUCAAGUACCAGUUUUGCCAACAUUCAAGAAAAUUCCACCUGAAACCUGCAAAAUGGGGACUCCACCUCCCAUCAACUGAGUGAGUGGUUAGCCCACCAGGGGGUCAGGAAGAAGAUGAACCCAGAUCUGACAAAUGACCUUCUUAUGGGAUGCCAGGGCUGUGGAUGUGUAAUUCAUUCAAAUGGCAGUCUUCAAAUUUCCUUUUCCUGUUCACGAAUUUUUAAAGAUUUCUGUAUUUUUAAUUUUUAGACAUAGCAGUGUUCCAUAUUUUAAAGUAUGUGUGUUAAAGUAACAAGUGAGGACUUUGUUUUUGCUUGCAUACGACUACUUGACACUUCUGAUAUCUCCUCGUUGACAAAGUACACAAAACACAAGCAGCUGAAGAUGGCCAUUUACACGUUAGUCACGGAAGGCCAACUUAGAGAUAGAAAUAUACUCGCCAAAUGGUAGCAGACCCAAGGAUUAACUUAAAUGACUUCCCAUUGCAGUAUUGUUUAUGUAUAUAUAUAUGAAUAUUUAAUAUAUUAUACAUUAAAAUAAUGUACUCUCUAAUUUCCCUGAAGUCAUUUUUGACACCACUAAUUAUAAACCUCCUUAACAAUUUUCAGAAGUGAUGAGCCACAUUAUACAUUCAUCUUUUUUUAGAAGAGUUAUGGUAACUGUAUUGUUUUGUUUUGUUUUGUUUUUUCCUGAGACAGGGUUUCUCUGUUUAGCUUUGGAACCUGGCUUGGAACUCUCUCUGGAGACCAGGCUGGCCUCAAACUCACAAAGAUCCUCCUGCCUCUGCCUCCCGAGUGCUGGGAUUAAAGGCGUAUGCCACCAAAGCCCGGCCCGUAACUGGUUUUCUUACUUGACUUUUAUAAAUAGUAUUUUACAUCUUAUUUUUGCCUUUAUUUCAUAAGUAAUUUAAAAAUCACUGGACUGCUUUAUUAGCUUCAGGAUACAAUGGAUUCAUUUUAUGCCAUGGAUUUGCAUUGUGAAUCUCAUUAAAUUAUUUGGCAACUUGUAACUUAUUCUUUAAAUGAAACGUAGCACAGGUGUGUCACACUGUAUUUAAAUUGUGGUUUCUAAUGAAAAUGUCAUCUUGGAAUAUUUGGAGAGUUGGGGAGAGAUGAAAGAGGAACACAGGAGCUUAAAGUUCAGGGAGUGGACAGGGAUAAGGGGCGGUCACUGAGAAAGGAACUGCAUACUUCAUAGUGGAGGUGAACUGGGUAAGUCUCACGCAGGAAGUACUUCCACUAAGGUAAUGUCACCUCCAAUGAUGUAAACGAUGGCAGCAGUAUGACUGAACUGAAAUUACACAUUUCCCUGUCAGAAAGCGAGUGUACUCUGAAAUGUCUUCAGCAGCUCUAAAAUAAUGUUUAGUUUCAGGAUCAUUCAGUUUUAUUUCUCAGGAUGUAGGAGUUGAUGAUUUUGUUUGUCAAUUCUUUAUUUCUCAGUAGGAGCAGGCUUUGUUUUAAAGGUUGUAAAUAUGGAGGCUCCUCUGGCUGACUACUUAAAAAAGUGUGAGUCCCUUCACAGACUGCAAUACACUCUAGAAGGAGACAGGAGUGCUUUGUGUUUUUGUAUUUCUACCGCACUUGCAGAGUGUGAGAGCAGGCUCACCCUCGGGGGCAUGACAGUCAGGUGACAUGGACCAGCUUUUCUGGUCUGCUGUGAUCCACUUGCUUGUGCUGUCACUGUCCCUGAUUUGUUACUAAGAACACUGUCUGCAUUUGAAGCCCAUGGUUGAGGGCCAUUGAAAUCGAUCUUCAUUAAUGCAGAUAAAACCAGUUUUCAUGUGCAGAGUUAGCCAAGGGAUGUGUUUGAAUUGAGCAGUGACUCCUUGAGCACCUUUGAACACUGUAUGUGCUUUUGGAUAAAAAGCUAAUGAACACUUAAACAAUGCAGCCUUUGCUGUUUUCUCCUAAGGUCCCUGCUCUCUGCAAGUUGCAUCAGAAAUAGAUUUGAAAAAUAUAUGUUAAAUGUUCUACUGAGUGCAAAAGAAUUUCAUCUUAUGAUCAUGUGAAAAGUGUACAUAGUUCUGAAUACUGAGACACAUGUGAUGUGUAUGCACAAGAAGACCUUUUAUGCUUUGCAAUAAAGGAAAUAACAAGGAAAUCAA